AUGCCUAAUAUUGCUCUGAGCAUUUCUUUCGUGCAUGGGUCAUCGUCUCUUCUACUGAGCGACACCAUCUCAUCUCCACCGUUCCCUCGCAUCCCGUCGCACUCAUCAUCUUCCGACCAUAAUGUCUCCAGUGCGUGUCUCUUCCUGCAAGACGACCAUCUCUUCUCAACAAAUGCCUUGAAGGGAACUGCCCGCCAAGCCCAUGCAACACACCUGAAAAAUCAGAGCGUAAUCAAGUGA